AUGUAUGAGCGUCAGCGGGUUUGGCGUGCCUGUCAGCCAUGUCGCCGGAAGAAAGUCAAGUGUGACGGCGAGCAUCCGUGCGAGAGCUGCACCCGCAACCAGGCUGAGUGUGUCUACAUUGAGCCGUCCAACAACAUGAGGAUGGUGGAUCAGCAAUACCUCAUGAAACUCGAGAGCCAGAUCCAAAUGAUGGAAAAGAGAUUACAUGAGCACUCACAAGCACAGCCCUCUACCGGACAUGACGGCCAAACCAGCCAAGAUGUCCAAGCAGGCCAAGAAGUCCAAGACAGCAGUGGGGGAAUGCUUCCACCUGCACCUCAUGUGAUAGCCGUGAACGUGCCUGGCAGCGAUAAUGCUAAUCGUGGUCCGCAUUCUCUGCUCGACCAACCGGGAGACCGUCUCAAUGAAGUCCCUGGGAUCCAGCAGCUGGAGGACAUAGCGGUGCCGCCGCAGCACCCAGAGCCUGCUGCAAUCGACGUGACACAAUUGCCAGAGCCGCUUCUGCAGCUCUUGAUUGACCUUUUCUAUCGUUCUAUCUAUCCCAUCUUCCCCAUUAUCAGCCAAUGUGAUUUUCAGCCACAAUUUGAUCGCUGGUUAUCAGCUCGCCAAGGCAGCCGUGUCAGCGAAGAUGACGAAUUCUUACUGCUCUUAUAUGCACUGCUCGCCGUGGCAUCCUUCCUGCUCCCAGCAGAGCACGCUAUCUUUGACCAACCAGGCCUAAAAGCCUACAAACAUGUGGACCUUGGAGAUCUGCUAUACACUCAUGCGACUCCCAAAUACCCUGAACGGCCAUCCGGGCCGAACGCAACGUCAGCCACCAAUUUUGUCGUUGCCCAGGGACUUGUGACUCUCUAUCUCACCGAGUGUGGCAAGGUGAACGACGCUUGGAUCAGAGUGGGCCAUGCGAUCCGCCUAUAUCAAGCCUUGGAUCUUGAUAAUGGUGUAGAUGCGGCGGCUGAAGUGAACGCGACUGGCAGCGCACAUGGCAAUCUUUGGUGGUGUUUAUAUAUUCUGGACCGUUCCUUGUCGACAGUGCUCCUCAAGCCCUUGGCCAUCGAUAACGCCGAAAGCAACAUGGAUUCAUAUGAGGGGGAGAGACAGUCGACUUGGAGAUCGGAAGACAAGAUCGAUCCAUGGUUCCCAGUCAUUGCCGAGUUUCAUAUUAUCCUUGGCCGUAUUUACAAGUCCGUGCGGUGGAUUCGCAGAUGCCACCCAUCCCAGAAUACCGAGCUUGGGGAUACCGGUACGCUGCGGUCAAACAUGAAAAAGUACGAUAUUGAGCUGGAGAGGUACUUCACUAAACGGGUCCUGCCUAAAAUGCAACGGCACCAUGGCACGGCUCGACCACUCCCACUACAGAACGUUGCUGAGUCGUCCUACUAUAUCGGGCUUGUCCUCCUUUACCGCACCUUUAUUGAGAGACUUAAAAUCGAGGAGCCUGAAGUGUUUCUACGCUGCGCCGAGGCCGCGUCAAGCUGCAUUAGGGUUACUCCGCAAGUGAUGGCCACUGUGCCUGCCAGCCACUUUGUGAUCCAGCAGUGCCGGGCGGUCUAUACUAGUACCAAAGUCCUCUUACACUGCAUGCGCUUGGUAAAGAAUACUGGCUACACCAACAAUGCCUGGCCCGACGUCCAGAGAGGGUGCGACAUUUUGCGAAAGACCAAAGUUCAGUGGCCGGAGAUCAAGAGAUAUCAAAAGCUCACUGAGGAAGACAUGUACCGGACGCAGAUUCAUCUCAGCAAGCAUGAGCUUUUCAAUAGAGUGUUCGACCGAUACGGACAGGAAAAUCUUUCAAGGCCAUCAGGAGACAGCGGAAGGAAUCGCGGUUCGCUGCAAAGAACCAGUACCAGUCACACCAACGGCCUCCAUCAAUGUCUGCCGGGCAUCGCCCACAAUGACCACAUUUGUCGACACAGGGACUUGGUCAACAAUGCCUCUGACGCGGAUAAUCUAACGAGGACGCCACAAAGCCUCAUAUCGCAUAACUAUGGACACGAUGCACGUCCUUCUGAACGAGAACCAAAGCGGCGCAGGCUUUCGCAAAAUUUCUAUGCUCCUCCUGCUCCUUACACACACUAUGCGCCGAACACGCCACCCAUGCUCCCCGAGGCAGACGGAUUGCCUAUGCUGAACACGACAACUGGUCCCAGUGACUUCCUCCUACCCGACAUUUCACCUCUGCCACCCGUCCCGGGAGAUUCGCCAUCUGACUUCCUUGAAGAUACUAUGCUAAUGUCAUCCUUUGACCUAAUCUUCUCACAUUCCGAAUGA